CCUUCCUCCGCGGAGACCCUCUACGUGUUGUUUAGAACAUGGGGCCUGCCAGGCGCCUCGUUACCAUCAAGAGGAGCGGGGUGGACGGUCCCCACUUUCCCUUGAGCCUCAGCACCUGCUUGUUUGGAAGGAGUAUCGAAUGUGACAUCCGUAUCCAGCUUCCUGUAGUGUCCAAACAACAUUGCAAAAUUGAAAUCAGUGAGCAGGAGGCAAUUUUAUAUAAUUUCAGCUCCACAAAUCCAACACAAGUAAAUGGGUUGGCUAUUAAUAAGCCUGUACAACUAAAACAUGGAGACGUAAUAACCAUUAUUGAUCGAUCUUUCAGGUAUGAAAAUGACAGUUGUCAGGAUGGAAACAAGUCAACGGAAUUUCCAGCAAAAAUACAAAAACAGGAACCAUCACAUCAUGUCUCAAGAUCUAGCUUAUCUUCUGAUGCUGAUGGGAAAGAUCAAGAUUCCAAUGCCCAUCAAAAAGUCACAGAAGGAAAAGUUUCGAGAAGUCGUCUGGUACAUGUCAAGAAUAUCAAAAGAGACAGUUCUGCCUCUGAUGGGUCAAAAGACAAUGUUGCCCAGGAAACACCUAAUGUUCCUUCCUCAGAACUUCCUGGACAUAAUGGCAGAAAUGCAAGUAGUCCCAUUGGUGGAGAUUUUAAAGAAAAUUCUAGGGUAAAAUUAGUGAGCUGUUAUGGAGAAUUGAAGUCUUUUUCCUCUCCGCAAUAUCUUGACAGUAGCAAAAAAAAUGAAUCUCCCUUUAGGAAGCUUUAUCAGUCAAUGAAGAAAGAGUUGGAGGUAAAAUCACAAAAAGAAAAUGUUCUGCUGUAUCAUAAAAAAUCAAGAUCACAAAGUGAUUACACAACAGAAAAAGAAAGUGCUGACAGUUUACAGAGUGAGACUCAACCACCGGUCUCAGGUAAACCGAGACAGAAAUCUGGUGGAAGCACCCACGUCAUGACAUCCCCUGCUGCACCCAGACAAGAAUCCAUCCAGACGGAGAGCAAAGGAAGUGAGGCAGAGUUGGUGCCCAGAGAGGCCAUGGGCUCCAGCACGCCUCUCUCUGAGACAACUAAAGUGAAGACCCCAGGACGAUAUUCACAGCAGCAAAAUCCUUCACGAAAACGUAAGAAUGAAGACUUGUAUGUUAUUAGUGGAAGAACCUCUAUGAAUCUGGAUAAAAUUGAAGACUUCAAGGCAGAGGAUAAAACACGUACUCCUAGGGAGAUUUUAACUAGAAAUCAAACAACUGAAGUUGAAGAUGCUGCCAACUCUGCUGCUAAGUCAGAAAAUCUCUCUUCUAAAAGGAAGAGGAGUAUUCCUACACAUGUGGAAGCUAUGCCUACUGAGACAGAAAUUCAGAGUGACCCGUUUUUAACUCUAUGGCUCACUGAAGUUGAAAGGAAGAUUCAAAAGGAUUCCCUCAACAGGCCUGAGAAAUUGGGCACUACAGCUGGACAGAUGUGCUCUGGUUUACCUGUUCUUAGUUCAGUUGAUAUCAGCAACUUUGGUGAUUGCAUUAAUAAGAGUGAGGGGGGGCCACUGAAACGAAGGCGUGUGUCCUUUGGUGGUCACCUACGACCAGAAUUGUUUGAUGAAAACUUGCCUCCCAAUACCCCUCUCAAAAGAGGAGAAACACCAACAAAAAGAAAGUCUCUGGUUACUCACACCCCAACAACCGUCCUGAAGAAAAUCAUCAAGGAACAUCCUCAACUAUCAAGCAAGGAAGAGUCUGCUUCCGAAAUCCAUUUGGAAAUGACAGCACAAAAUGUGUAUGUGAGCUCUCCAGCUCCUGGGCCUGGUACUGGUCCAGGUCCUGGGCCUGGUCCUAGGACAACUCCAGUUACAAAUGGUCAAAGCUGUAGAUCAUGCAAGGCGUCCUUUGUUUCCAGUGGCAGCAAAUCUCAGACAGAUAUUCUUAAGAGAGGAGGGAGGAAGAGUGGCAACCUGCCUUCAAAGAGAACUUCUAUCAGUCGGAGUCAACAUGACAUUUUACAGAUAAUUUGUUCCAAAAGAAGGAGUGGAGCUUCUGAAGCCAAUUUAAUUGUUGCAAAAUCAUGGGCAGAUGUUGUAAAACUUGGCGCAAAACAAACACAAACAAAAGUCGUGAAACAUGCACCUCAAAGGCCAGUAAACAAAAGACAGAGAAGACCCAACACUCCCAAGAAGCCUGUGGACAAUGUUCAUCGACAGUUCAGCACAGGCCAUGCAAACUCUCCUUGUACCGUAAUAAUAGGAAAAGCUCACGUUGAAAAAGUAAACAUGCCUGCUCAGCCCUACAGAAUGCUAAACAACUUUGUUUCCAAGCACAAAUUGGACUUUAAGGAAGAUCUUUCAGGACUAAGUGAAAUGUUCAAGACACCAGUGAAGGAGAAACCACAACCGAUGAGCUCGUGUCCUGUUGCUCUUUCAAGUUCAGAAAAUUUGCUUGGAAAAAAGCUUCAAGUCACUAAAUCGGGAGAAGAACCUGUGCUACCCACUUCAGAGAGUUUUGGAGAAAAUGUGCUCUUCAGUACUCAGGAUGCCCUAAAAGAGCUAUCUGAUAAAUAUUCUGCAAGCCCUACUUUAAGGCAGCAGUGUAUGAAAGAAAAUGACACUCUUCUGAAAACUCCUAACACCUCUAGAGUGACUCCUGUUAAGAUGAAAACUUCAGAUAUGGAGCCAGAGGCUUCAAAGACAGUGUCCAGUGCAAGCAGGUUAAGGACAUCUAUGGAGCUCAGAAAUACAAUGAAGAUGCCUAUAGAAUGUAAGAGUGAAGACACAGAAAGGGACAUUGAUAACAUCAUGAGAAGAGGUCUGCGGAGGCCACUGCUACGAGAAAAGAAAGUAGGAGAGAUGGAAGAAAUUGAAAGAUCUGAAAAAUGUAUGGAAAUUAUCAAAUCAAAAGAAAAUUCUGAAAUGAUGGCAGCUGGGAGGGGAACCAGAAGAAGUUGGGGGCAGACAUGUAAGCCAGCAUCUUACUCUGCAGGCCUCAAGAGAUGGCCAGAGGGAGCCCCCGCAAAAGACGUGGCAGAUAGCCAAGUUCUCCUCCAAACACCACAUCACACCAAGGAACCAAUGAAUGAGAAGGCUCAAACCUCUAAAGUGCACUGCAAAUCUUUACAGCCAGAACCAACCAACAAUCCCAUAAGCACAAAAGGACAGCCCAAGACAUCUCUGGGAAAAGUGGACCUGAAAGAAAAGGUCCCAUCACUCAGCAGGCUCCCACAAACACCAGAGGAAAACCUGCACACACACAAAGAUAAAGGCACCAAAGUGCUUCAAGAGACUUCACAGCAGAAAGUGCACCCAGAGGACUGUGUAACUGGAAGGAUAGGGAGGCCCAGAGCACCCAGGGAAGAGGUCCAAACCCUAGAAGAUCUGGCUGGCUUUAGAGAGCUCUUCCAAACACCAAAACCCAAUGACAAGCCCAUAGCUGAUGACAGGGCUGCUAAAAUACCCAGCAACUCUCCACAGCCAGGAUCAGUGAGCACCCCAACAAGCACGAAAAGACAGUCCAAGACACCUUUGGGGAAAAUGGGUGCAGAGGAAAAGUUCUCACGAACACCUACGGAGUCCACACCCACACCCAAAGUACCAGAUGAGGACAAAGGCAUCAAAACCUUCAAAGAAUCUGUAAAGCAGAAACUGCAGCCAGUGGCAAGUGUAGCUGGCAGCAGGAGAAGGUCAAGAGCAGCCAAGGAAGAAGUCCAAUCCCUAGAAGAGCUGAUUGGAUUCAAAGAACUCUUCCAAACACCAGGGCACACUGAGAGGUCAAUGAUUAUUGACCAAAGCACAGAAAUACUCCACACAUCUCCACGAUCAGAACCAGUGGACACCCCAACAAGCAAAAGGAGACAGCCUGAGACAUGUCUAGGGAAAAUGGAUGUAGGAGGGGAGCCCCCAACAUUGAAGAAGCUCUCACAAACACCGGAGGGAUUCAUGCACACCCCCAAAAUACCAGCUGAUGACAAAGGCAUCAAAGCCUUCAAGGAAUCUGCAAAGCAGAAACUAGAGACUGUGGCAGGUGUAGCUGGCAGCAGGAGAAGGUCAAGAGCAACCAAGGAAGAAGUCCAAUCCCUAGAAGAACUGACUGGCUUCCAAGAGCUCUUCCAAACACCAAGGCACACUAAAAGGUCAAUGACUAUUGACCAAAGCACAGAAACACUCCGCACAACUCCACAACCAGAACUAGUAGAGGCCCCAACGAUCACAAAGAGACAGCCCAACACAAGUCUCAAGCCAGUGGCUGCAGAGGAAGAACUUUUAGCCCUCAGGAAGCUGACACCAUCAUCUGGGAAAGCUAUGGGCACACCCAGACCACUAGCAGGUGAUGAGAAAGGCAUCAAAGCCUUUAUGGACACUGCAAAGCAGAAAUCAGAUGUCACAGAAAAUUUAAGUGGACAUAAGAGGAGGCCAAGAGUUCCUGAGGAAAAGGGUCAGUGCCCAGAAGACAUGUCUGGUUUCAAAGAGCUCUUCCAAACACCAAAAUGCAAUAACAGGCCCAUAACUGACAGCAAAACUAUGAAAAUACCCUGCACACCUCCACAGGUAGAACCGGUGAACAGCCCAACAAGCACGAAAAGGCGGCCCAAAACACCUUUGGGGAAAAUAGAUGUAGGGGAGGAGCCCCCAACAGCAACGAAGCUCUUGCAGACACCAGUGGAAUCCAUGCACUCCCCUGAAGUACCAGCUGAGGACAAAGGCAUGAAAGGAUUUAAGGACUCUGCAAAGCAGAAAUUGGAGCCAGCUGGCAGCAGAAGGUCAAGAGUAACCAAGAAAGUUGCCCAACCCUUAGAAGAGCUGAUUGGGUUCAAAGAGAUCUUUCAAACACCAAAACCCAAUGACAGACUCAUAGCUGAUGACAGCACUGUUAAAAUACCUGGCAUGUCUUCACAGCCAGGAUUGGCAAACACUCCAGCAAACAUGAAAAGACAGCCUAAGACAUCUUUUGGGAAAAUGGAUGCAGGGGAAGAGCUGCCAACAUUGAGGAAGCUCUCACAAACACCAGGGGAAUUCAUGCACACCUCCAAAAUGCCAGCUGAGGACAAAGGCAUCAAAGCCUUCAAGGAAUCCACAAAGCAGAAACUAGAGUCAGUGGCAGGUGUAGCUGGCAGCAGGAGAAGGUCAAGAGCAACCAAGGAAGAAGUCCAAUCCCUAGAAGAACUGACUGGCUUCCAAGAGCUCUUUCAAACACCAAGGCACGCUGAGAGGUCAAUGACUAUUGACCAAAGCUCAGUAAUACUCUGCACAUCUCCUCAACCAGAGCCAGUGGACACCCCAACAAUCAUAAAGAGGCGGUCCAACACAAGUCUUAAGUUUCUUCCUCAAGUAGAGGAAGAGCUUUUAGCUCUCAGGAAGCUGACACCAUCAUCUGGGAAAGCCAUGGACAUGCCCAGACCACUAGCAGGUGAUGAGAAAGGCAUCAAAGCCUUUAUGGCCACUGCAAAGCAGAAAUCAGAUAUCACAGAAAAUUUAAGUGGACAUAAGAGGAGGCCAAGAGUUCCUGAGGAAGAAGGUCAGUACCGAGAAGACAUGUCUGGCUUCAAAGAGCUCUUCCAAACACCAAAAUGCAAUAACAGGCCCAUAACUGACAGCAAAACUAUGAAAAUACCCUGCACACCUCCACAGGUAGAACCGGUGAACAGCCCAACAAGCACGAAAAGACAGCCCAAAACACCUUUAGGGAAAAUGGAUGUAGGGGAGGAGCCCCCAACAGCAACGAAGCUCUUGCAGACACCAGUGGAAUCCAUGCACACCCCCAAAGUACCAGCUGAGGACAAAGGCAUGAAAAGAUUUAAGGACUGUGUAAAGCAGAAAUUGGAGUCAGCAGGCAGCAGAAGGCCAAGAGCAGUUAAGGAAGAGACCCAACCCCUAGAAGAUUUGGCUGGUUUCCAAGAGGUCGUGCAGACACCAGGGCACGCUAAAGAAUCAGUGAUUGUUGAUCAAAGCAUAAAAGUACUCUGGAAAUCCUCGCAAUCACAACUGAUGAACACUCCCACAAGCAUGAAGGGACAGCCCACAACAUCUCUGGGAAAAGUGGACCUGAAAGAAAAGGUCCCAGCACUCAGCAGGCUCCCACAAACACCAGAGGAAAACCUGCACACACACAAAGGCACCAAAGUGCUUCAGGAGACUCCACAGCAGAAAGUGCACCCAGAGGAUUGUGUAACUGGAAGGGUAGGGAGGCCCAGAGCACCCAGGGAAGAGGUCCAAACCCUAGAAGAUCUGGCUGGCUUUAGAGAGCUCUUCCAAACACCAAAACCCAAUGACAAGCCCAUAGCUGAUGACAGGGCUGCUAAAAUACCCAGCAACUCUCCACAGCCAGGAUCAGUGAGCACCCCAACAAGCACGAAAAGACAGUCCAAGACACCUUUGGGGAAAAUGGGUGCAGAGGAAAAGUUCUCACGAACACCUACGGAGUCCACACCCACACCCAAAGUACCAGAUGAGGACAAAGGCAUCAAAACCUUCAAAGAAUCUGUAAAGCAGAAACUGCAGCCAGUGGCAAGUGUAGCUGGCAGCAGGAGAAGGUCAAGAGCAGCCAAGGAAGAAGUCCAAUCCCUAGAAGAGUUGAUUGGAUUCAAAGAACUCUUCCAAACACCAGGGCACACUGAGAGGUCAAUGAUUAUUGACCAAAGCAUAGAAAUACUCCACACAUCUCCACGAUCAGAACCAGUGGACACCCCAACAAGCAAAAGGAGACAGCCUGAGACAUGUCUAGGGAAAAUGGAUGUAGGAGGGGAGCCCCCAACAUUGAAGAAGCUCUCACAAACACCGGAGGGAUUCAUGCACACCCCCAAAAUACCAGCUGACGACAAAGGCAUCAAAGCCUUCAAGGAAUCUGCAAAGCAGAAACUAGAGCCUGUGGCAAGUGUGGCUGGCAGCAGGAGAAGGUCAAGAGCAACCAAGGAAGAAGUCCAAUCCCUAGAAGAACUGACUGGCUUCCAAGAGCUCUUCCAAACACCAAGGCACACUAAAAGGUCAAUGACUAUUGACCAAAGCACAGAAACACUCUGCACAACUCCACAACCAGAACUAGUAGAGGCCCCAACGAUCACAAAGAGACAGCCCAACACAAGUCUCAAGCCAGUAGCUGCAGAGGUAGAACUUUUAGCCCUCAGGAAGCUGACACCAUCAUCUGGGAAAGCUAUGGGCACACCCAGACCACUAGCAGGUGAUGAGAAAGGCAUCAAAGCCUUUAUGGACACUGCAAAGCAGAAAUCAGAUGUCACAGAAAAUUUAAGUGGACAUAAGAGGAGGCCAAGAGUUCCUGAGGAAGAGGGUCAGUGCCCAGAAGACAUGUCUGGUUUCAAAGAGCUCUUCCAAACACCAAAAUGCAAUAACAGGCCCAUAACUGACAGCAAAACUAUGAAAAUACCCUGCACACCUCCACAGGUAGAACCGGUGAACAGCCCAACAAGCACGAAAAGGCGGCCCAAAACACCUUUGGGGAAAAUAGAUGUAGGGGAGGAGCCCCCAACAGCAAUGAAGCUCUCACAGACACCAGUGGAAUCCAUGCACUCCCCUGAAGUACCAGCUGAGGACAAAGGCAUGAAAGGAUUUAAGGACUCCGCAAAGCAGAAACUGGAGCCAGCUGGCAGCAGAAGGUCAAGAGCAGCUAAGGAAGAGGCCCAACCCCUGGAAGACCUGGCUGGCUUCCAAGAGCUCUUCCAAACACCUGGACAUGCUGAGGAAGCAGUGAGCAUUGACCAAAGCAUAAAAAUACCCUGCACAUGUCUACAACCAGAACCAGUGAACAUCCCAGAAAACACAGAGAGCCGGCCCCAGCGAAGUCUCAGGAAAGUGUCAGCAUUGAGGACACUCAUGCAAACAUCAAGGGAGUCCACAUACACACACACAGCACCAAUAGGUGAGGGCAAAGGCAUCCGGGGGUUCAAGGACUCUACAAAGCAGAAACUGGACCCUGUAGCCAGUGUACAUGGCAGCAGUAGGCCAAGAGCAGCUAAGGAAAGUGCUCAAUCCCUACAAGACCAGCCUCGCUUCAAAGAGCCCUUCCAAACACAAGGUCCCACUGAGGAAGCAAUGACUGAUAUUAAAACCAGUAGGUUCCCACAACCCAAACCAGUGGACAUUCCAGAAAAGAUAGAGCGCCGGCCCCAGAGAAGCCUUAGGAAAGGCUCAGCACUGAGGACAUUCACGCAAACAUCAGGGGAGUCUACACACACACACACAGUACCAGCAGGUGAAGGCAAAGGCAUCAAAGCAUUUAAGGAGACUACAGAACAGAAACUGGAGAUGGUGGCGAGUGUACCUGGCAGUAGGAGAAGGGCAAGAGCAGCUAAGGGAAGUUCUCAAUCCCUAGAAGACCAGCCUAGCUUCAAAGAGCCCUUCCAAACUCAAGGUCAGACUGAGGAAGCAGUGACUAGUGUUAAAACCAGAAGGUUCCCACAACCAGAACCAGUGGUCAUCCCAGAAAACACAGAGAGCCGGCCCCAGAGAAGCCUCAGGAAAGGCUCGGCACUGAGCACAUUCAUGCAAACAUCAGGGGAGUCUCCCCCCCCACACACAGCACCAGCUGGUGAGGGCAAAGGCAUCAAAGCAUUUAAGGAGACUACAGAGCAGAAACUGGAGAUGGUGGCAAGUGUACCUGGCAGUAGGAGGAGGACAAGAGCAGUUAAACAAAGUGCUCAAUCCCUAAAAGACCAGCCUAGCUUCAAAGAGCCCUUCCAAACUCAAGGUCACACUGAGAAAGCAGCAACUAGUGUUAAAACCAGAAGGUUCCCACAACCAGAACCAGUGGUCAUUCCAGAAAACACAGAGAGCCGGCCCCAGAGAAGGCUCAGGAAAGGCUCGGCACUGAGCACAUUCAUGCAAAUAUCAGGGGAGUCUCCCCCCACACACACAGCACCAGCUGGUGAGGGCAAAGGCAUCAAAGCAUUUAAGGAGACUACAGAGCAGAAACUGGAGAUGGUGGCAAGUGUACCUGGCAGUAGGAGGAGGACAAGAGCAGCUAAAGAAAGUGCUCAAUCACUAAAAGACCAGCCUCACUUCAAAGAGCCCUUCCAAACUCAAGGUCACACUGAGGAAGCAGCAACUAGUGUUAAAACCAGAAGGUUCCCACAACCAGAACCAGUGGUCAUCCCAGAAAACAAAGAGAGCCGGCCCCAGAGAAGCCUCAGGAAAGUCUCAGCACUGAGGAAGUUCACACAAACCUCAGGGGAGUCCACACACGCAUCCAAAGAACCCCGAAGUGGGGAUAAAUGCAUCCAAGUGGAUAAGCAAUCAGCAAAAAAUCAACUGGACCCAUCAGAAAAUAUAACAGGCAGCAAGAAGCAGCCAGGAGCCCCCAAGGAAGAGACUGAGCCCCUAGAUAAUCCAGCUGACUUCAAAGAGCUCUUUCCAAUACCAAGUCAACCUGAGGAACUGAGAAAGGAUGCUGAGAGCCUCCAGAGCACUCAAAAGCAAACCCCGGACAGUGGGAAACAUCCAAAAAUGCUCAGAAGGGUCCUUAGAUCCCUUAAAGUAAAAUCCAUGGAAGAUGUGGUAGGGACCAGAGACCCUGGAAAGUCACAAAGCAAAAGCAAUAGUUCCAUGUCCUCUAGGAAGAAGUGCAAAAAAGAUGAAAAUGUCACAGGAACCAAAAGGCUGCGCUGCAUGACGGCUGCAGAGGGGACUACAGAGGGGCUGCCAGUUAGCAAGAAGCAGAGGUCUGCGCCCUGGGAGGGAGGCCCGUCACCUGCACCCUUGGUGGUGAAGACAAGUCUGAGAGCGUCUACGAAAAGCACUGAACCCAUAGAAGAUCUGACCAGCAAUGGCGUGAAAACCAAGGGAAGGGCACACAGAGGAGGAGGUGCGGUCUCUCCAAGUGAGGGCAUGUCCCUGCGCCCCAGACGCCAAAAUAAAAGUGAUGCAGAGCAGCAGAGAACUGAGGCUCCUGGACCAGCAGAAAAAGUGAAGAGAAGUGAAAAGAAGUCCUUGAAGAUUUCCCAAGAAUUAGAGACUCAAAACCCAGAUGACAGAGUCAAGGAACCCACAUUGCAGGGCAAAGUCAGUGAAAGCAGAGUGUGCCUGAGAUCUGUCAAACAGAAUAAGAGUCCUCAGUCUGACCCAGCAGAGGAGAAGGGGCCAGAGGCAGGUGUGGAAACCCACACAAAGAAUCAGAGAGAGAAAGGAGUAAGAGGAAAUUCAAAUGCCGUGUGCCUGAGAGCAAGAAAGGCUGAACUCCAGCCUAAAGUCAACACUCUGGAGAGUGAAUCCAAGCAGAGAGUGACCCGGGGUAUCAAGAGGCGUGCAGAAAAUCCAAAGGAGGAUAAAGAAAUUAUGUCCAUCAAGAAAAUAAGAACCAGAAGCCAGAAGUCAUCAGGACAGUGAAGAUAUUUAGCCAAGAAAUUUAAGUGGAAAAAAUAUAAUAAAGUUAGUUUUAUGAUAA